AUGGGUCUCGAGGAUGGGCUUUCCGAUGACGUCCGUGUGAUCACCGAGAAGUCGCUACCAGCCGACGCCUCCUCCUUCGGCCUGGGAGCCUUCGCCGGCACAAUGUUCAUCCUCUCCUCCUACCUCGCCGGGUGGGCGCCCGACUUGACGUGGGUGACGGUGGCGCUGUUCUACGGCGGCUUGGGGCAGUUUGUGGCGGGCAUGUGGCAGUACAAGCGCAACUGCGUCUUCUCCUCUACCUCCUUCUCCACCUACGGCUGCUUCUGGAUGUCGCUCGGCCUCUUCUACUGCUUCAAGCUCUGGAAAUGGGUCAGUCCACGGGACCGGGCCACAGUGCACUGUCAGAUCGCAUCGCAAACCCGUCGCUUCCUACAUUUCUGUUUCGUUGUAGCGCUACCUUUUUCCAACUUCCGGCUCGCCCGCGUCUCUUCUCCCCGCGUGCCCCGCGCACUGCAGGUGCCGGCGGACUUCGACGUGUCGGGCGCGGAGGCGUGGUUCCUGGUGGCGUUCUUCCUGUUCAACACGUACAUGCUAGCGGCGGCGUUCACGCUGUCCGUGGUGAACGUGGUGGUGUUCGGCCUGUACGAGCUCACGCUCGUCUGCCUCAUCAUCGGCGACUUCCUCAAGCAACCCGUCGACGGCGGCGCCUCUUGGAUCACCGCCGGCGGAUACAUCGGCGUCUUCACCUCCGUCUCGGCGUGGUACGCGUCGUUCGCGGUGCUCUUCAACGGCAUGGUCGAUCGCGAGAUCAUGUACCUCGGCAAGCCGCUCAUCAACAUCAAGCGGGAUUAG